CGAACAGAGCAUGGCCUCGGCUGCCUGGGCUGAUCAGCCGGUGGCCCGGAGCAGGAGGGGACGGAGCAGGGAGCCGCGGGAUGCGGGGCCGCCUGACCUGGACUAUCUCAAGCGGCCGAGCUACUGCGAUGCCAGCUUCGCCCUGCAGCAGAUCUCCGAGGGGAAGGCUACGGGCAGGAAAGCUCCAUUGUGGCUCCGAGGAGUGUUUCAAAGACUGUUGUUCAAACUUGGUUGCUACAUACAAAAAAACUGCGGCAAGUUUUUGGUAGUGGGCCUCUUGAUAUUUGGUGCUUUCGCUGUAGGAUUACGAGCAGCGAACCUCGAGACAAAUAUGGAGGAGCUUUGGGUCGAAGUUGGUGGACGAGUCAGCCGGGAGCUAAACUAUACUCGGCAGAAGAUCGGAGAAGAAGCCAUGUUUAAUCCACAACUCAUGAUCCAGACUCCUCUAGAGAAUGGUGCUAAUGUCCUAACGAUUGACGCUCUAAAGCAACACCUUCACUCAGCACUUGAAGCCACCAAGGUGCAAGUCUUCAUGUAUAACAAGCCUUGGAAACUAGAAAAAUUGUGCUUUAAAUCAGGAGAACUAAUCACAGAAACCGGCUUUUUGAACCAGAUCAUCGAAUCACUAUACCCUUGUUUAAUCCUCACACCUUUGGACUGCUUUUGGGAAGGAGCAAAACUUCAGGCUGGAAUGGCAUAUCUACCAGGUAAACCCACUUUGCAAUGGACAAACUUUGACCCCACGGGCUUGCUGCAGGAGUUGAAGAGAGAUAAGUUCCAAGUAGACAGCUGGGAGGAAAUGCUAAAUAAGGCUGAGGUUGGUCACGGCUACAUGGACCGCCCCUGUCUCAACCCAUUAGAUUCGGAUUGUCCGCCUACAGCACCCAACAAAAAUUCAACCAAACCUCUAGAUGUUGCCCUUGUCUUAAGUGGAGGAUGUUAUGGCCUUUCAAGAAAAUACAUGCACUGGCAAGAGGAGCUGAUCAUUGGUGGCACUGUUAAAAAUGCUAGUGGAAAACUUAUCAGUGCCCAGGCAUUACAGACUAUGUUUCAGUUAAUGACUCCCAAGCAAAUGUUUGAGCACUUCAAGAAUAACAAUGAAGUUCACAACAUGAAUUGGAAUGAAGACAAAGCGGCAGCCAUUUUGGAGGCCUGGCAGCGGACAUAUGUUCAGGCUGUACAUCAAAGUGUUCCACAAAACUCUACUCAGAAAGUUCUCCCUUUUACCACAACAACACUGGAAGACAUUCUCAAGUCAUUCUCCGAUGUGAGCGUCAUCAGGGUUGCUAGUGGGUACUUGCUAAUGCUUGCCUAUGCCUGUUUAACCAUGCUGAGGUGGGACUGUGCCAAGUCUCAGGGUGCCGUGGGGCUGGCUGGAGUUUUGCUCAUUGCACUUUCAGUGGCUGCAGGAUUGGGCCUAUGUUCAUUGAUUGGGAUUUCCUUUAAUGCUGCAACAACUCAGGUUUUGCCUUUUCUUGCUCUUGGGGUUGGUGUUGACGAUGUAUUUCUAUUGGCACAUGCAUUUAGUGAAACUGGCCAAAAUAAAAGGAUUCCAUUUGAGGACAGAACUGGCGAGUGUCUUAAAAGGACAGGAGCUAGUGUUGCUCUGACUUCUAUCAGCAAUGUGACCGCCUUCUUCAUGGCAGCCCUGAUACCUAUUCCUGCACUUAGGGCAUUCUCGCUCCAGGCUGCCGUUGUGGUUGUCUUCAACUUUGCCAUGGUUCUGCUGAUAUUUCCUGCCAUUCUAAGCAUGGAUCUGUAUCGAAGACGGGAUCGAAGGCUGGACAUCUUCUGCUGUUUCAGCAGUCCCUGUGUCAGUAGAGUGAUUCAGAUUGAACCCCAAGCCUAUCUGGACAGUAAUGAUAAUACACGUUACAGCCCUCAACCACCCUACAACAACCACAGCUUUGCUCAUGAGACUCAAAUCACCAUGCAGUCAACUGUCCAGCUGAGGACAGAAUAUGACCCAAGGACUCAGUCUUAUUAUACUACAGCAGAGCCUCUAUCGGAAAUAUCUGUCCAGCCGACUCUCGCAACACCCCAUGACUCCAGUAGUCAGACACCAGAAGGCACAAGUUCUACCCGGGACCUGCUUACUCAGUUUUCAGAGUCUGGUUUUCACUGCCUUGAGCCUUCCUGUUCAAAAUGGACUCUUUCCUCAUUUGCUGAGAAGUACUAUGCCCCAUUCUUGUUAAAACCAAAAGUAAAGGUAGCGGUGAUAUUUGUUUUCUUGGCCUUGCUUAGUAUCAGCCUGUAUGGCACCACCCGGGUUCGAGAUGGUCUAGAUCUCACAGAUAUCGUUCCUCGGGAAACUCGGGAGUAUGAUUUCAUAGCGGCACAGUUCAAGUAUUUCUCAUUCUACAACAUGUAUGUGGUAACACAGAAAGCCGACUAUCCUCGUUCCCAGCGCUUGCUUUAUGAUCUGCACAAGAGCUUUGCCACCGUCAAGUAUGUUCUUUUGGAGGGCGACAAACAGCUUCCCAAAAUGUGGCUGCAUUAUUUUAGAGAUUGGCUACAAGGGUUACAAGAUAAGUUUGACAGUGAAUGGGAGGCUGGGAAAAUAACCAAUACGAAUUAUGAGAAUGGUUCGGACGAUGCAGUUCUUGCCUAUAAACUUUUAAUACAAACCGGAAACUCGGAUAAACCAAUUGAUCACAGUCGGUUGACUAAACAGCGCCUGGUGGAUGCAGAUGGGAUCAUUCAUCCAAAUGCUUUCUACAUCUAUUUAACGGCCUGGGUGAGUAAUGACCCUGUAGCCUAUGCCGCUUCCCAGGCCAACAUCCGCCCGCAUCCACCAGAGUGGAUCUACGACAAAGCAGACUACAUGCCUGAAACCAGUACAAUUCAUGCAGCUGAGCCAAUAGAGUAUGCCCAGUUUCCUUUCUACCUCAAUGGCCUUCGAGAGACUUCAGACUUUGUGGAAGCUAUAGAGACAGUGAGAGCCAUUUGCAACAAUUAUACCAGCCUGGGACUGCCGAGUUAUCCUAAUGGCUACCCAUUCCUCUUCUGGGAACAAUAUAUUGGUCUACGCCAUUGGCUGCUCUUGUCCAUCAGCGUGGUCUUGGCCUGUACAUUCCUGGUGUGUGCCCUUUUCCUGCUGAACCCCUGGACUGCUGGAAUCAUUGUUAUGGUACUGGCCCUUAUGACAGUGGAGCUCUUUGGGAUGAUGGGUCUUAUUGGUAUCAAGCUAAGUGCUGUGCCUGUGGUGAUCCUCGUAGCCUCAGUGGGCAUUGGGGUAGAAUUUACUGUACAUGUGGCCUUGGCAUUUCUCACGGCCAUUGGUGAUAAGAACCGGAGGGCAGUUUUGGCUUUGGAACACAUGUUUGCACCAGUGCUGGAUGGAGCGGUCUCAACUCUCCUGGGAGUCCUCAUGUUAGCUGGAUCUGAGUUUGACUUUAUUGUCAGAUACUUCUUUGCUGUUCUGGCAAUAUUAACCCUCCUCGGAGUUCUGAAUGGAUUGGUGCUGCUCCCAGUUCUCCUUUCAUUUUUUGGACCUUACCCUGAGGUCUCCCCCACUGAUGGAAGAGACCGGCUGCCCACUCCCUGCUUAGUUCCUCCACCAAAUGUUGUGACGUUUCCAGUGUUUACACGACAAGCACAUGCUGGAUCCGAUUCUUCAGACUCUGAAUCAGGUUCUCAGACAACAGUAUCUGGCAUCAGUGAGGAGCUACGUCAGUAUGAGGCUCAACAGUCUGCUGGAGUACCACCUCAUCAAGUCAUUGUGCAGGCCACUAAAAACCCAGUCUUCCCUAGGUGUUCUGUUGUUAUACCAGAUACCAGACAGAGCCAGUCAAGUCAGAGGACACAAGCUAAUCAAGACGCCAGACCUCAGCAACCAUGGCGACCUAGCAGGAAUCAGAGGUUGGAACCAAGGGAUGGUUUAUGUCCACCUCCAUAUCGACCUCGCAAAGACGCUUUUGAAUCUUCUGCUGAAAAGCAUAGUGAGCCUAAUACCAGAGAACGCUCAGGGCAUAGACCCCACUUACAGAACAACAGGAAACCUGCCUUUGCUCCAGCAGGUGCUUCAGUGCCUUCAUACUGCCAGCCUAUUACUACUGUGACUGCCUCUGCUUCAGUAACUGUAGCAGUUCACCCUUCUUUGUGUAGCCACAGUGCUCAUGGUAGCUUCCCGUUCUACAGUGGGUAUCAUGAAGAUGAACAUGGACCUUUCCAGGACCCUCAUGUGCCUUCUAAUCUGCGGUAUGAAAAAAGGGACACAAAAGUAGAAGUGAUAGAACUGCAAGAUUUUGAAUGUGAAGAAAGAACACAAAGACAUUUCUCAAAAUAAGAGUCCACACAUUCUGAAUCAUUGACGGCCAAAGACGGGACAAAACUUCCAGACUGGUUAUUGAAAGCUGCU